AUGGGCCUGGGCCCAGGGCUCCUGGUUUUAGAGGCAGUGAAGAUGGCUGCUGGGUGCUUUGUAAACAUGGGGAACACCCCAGAAGUCUUUAUUCUGGCCUUAGUGGACAUUGAGCAAGCACCCUUGUACUUGCGGUCCCCAAAGCUCUUUCGCUGGCCUCACUAUGGGAAGCUCGUCAUGGGAGAAAAGCUGUCUAUUAAGGUUUACAACUGCAGCAAGGUUUUCAGCAACAGGCUUCUCGGUACCCUUGUCCUCAGCCUUCAGCACCUGAUGACAUCUGGGAGGCUGAUCCUCCGGGAGGCCCUCAUCGACAGGAACCACAGAGUCACUGGCAUCUACAUUGAGUUGGAUUUGCACUACCAGCCUCCAGAUGGCUCAGCUGGGACCUGGGUUGAAGAGGACUUUGUCUAUCGAAUGAAAGACAGUUCAGAGUUAAUCAUCCGCAAUCCUGGAUUUGAGGAGCUGGAGGCAGCCGAGGGGCCAAGAGCAAGAGAACUGGACUGGAGGGCUGUCACGCUGGGCAGGAAGCUGGCAAAAGGCCUGGAGACAGAUGAGGAAGAGGAGGAGGAGGAAGAAGAUUUCUACGAUGUGUCUGAGAUGGAGGUCUCGGGCAUUGUCUUCAGCCCUGUGAAGAGCCGCUCCAGACUUUGCUCCACAUGGGACCUGUUUGCCACCCCAACCCCACAGAGCUUCCAGGUUGGGAUUAAUAUCAUUGAAGCGCAGAAGCUGGUGGGGGUGAACAUUAACCCCUUUGUGGUAGUCAAGGUUGGAGAGGAGAAGAGGCGCACAGCAACGCAGAAGUCAACAAACUGCCCCUUCUACAACAAAUAUUUUUUAUUUGAAUUCCAUGAGCCAAGGGACAUUUUAUUGCACAGACUCAUAGAGAUCUCGGGGGAAACAUCAGUGAUGACCAACACCACUAAACCUGAGUGGAACGAGCAGAUCAGCUUCAUCGAGAUGUUCCCACCUCUGGCCAGGAAGAUAAAAGUCCAGGUGCUGGAUGAUGCCAAUGUUGGUGAUGUGGCCAUCGCUACACACUACAUUGACCUGCAGCAGAUCUCGGACCCUGGCAGGAAUGGCUUUAACCCCACAUUUGGCCCAGCCUGGGUGAACCUGUAUGGCUCCCCCCAGAACUCAGCUCUGCGGGACAUCCACAAAGACCUCAAUGAGGGCAUGGGUGAAGGGGUCUUCUAUCGCGGGCGCAUCCUCAUGGCCAUCACAGUGGAAAUCUUCAGUAGCCCCAGCAUGACAGAGAGGAAGCUUGGGGACAAGACAAAAGGUGCCCUGAGCAAACUGAAGCUGAAGAAGAAAAGUAAGAAAUCCAAGGAGAAAGCCAAAGAACUGAGGCAGCUGCAAGGAGAGAAGGAGGCUGGGGACGUUCAGGAGGCUGAACAGCCUGGGGAGGUCACUGUGGAGGUGGAGGAGCUUCAUCCACUCCCCGAGAACGCACUGGGGAGGAAGGAGGAAUUCCUUCUCUUCGCUGCUUUCUUUGAAGCCACUAUGAUGGACUCCUCUCUCAGCUCCAAGUCUGUCAGCAUUGAAGUCUCCAUAGGAAACUAUGGCAAAGCUGAAGAAGUUGUGACCAAGGUAUGGAGAAAAGUGGAAAAGGGAGAAGUGAAAGAAGAAAAGCAGCUUCUGCUGGACCCUGGUUCAGAUAGUGAGUUGGAUGUUGAAGUCCUGGCCCCAGCUUCAGCAGCACUGAACAAGUCGGUGACAAAGAGCCAGAGACCAGAGCCCACGGAAUAUGACCAGUCAUACAGCUGCCUUCCCAUGAAGCAUAAGAAACCCUGCGUGUAUGUAUGGAGCUACUGUGAGGAUCACACCUGGAGACUCUGCAUUUCCAACUGGAUCGUCAAGCUGGCAGAGCGCCUGGAACAGGGGCUGGAUGACAUGGAGAAGCUCAUGAGAAGACCAAAGGCUAAAGCAGAAGAACGGCUCAGAGAGGUGCUGGAGGAAUUUGUGGCUGGAUGCAGGCAAUAUUCACUCAGUGCAGAGAGAAAAACAAUGGCACAUCCAAACAACUUUGACAGAUGUUGGAUGAAAUACCUGAUGCGCAACAUCAUCCUGUGUGCAAAGCAGGGACUCCGUGUGAGGCGGCGGCUGACUCGAACCAAUGUCAAGGAGAAGGUUAAGGAGACAAGGAGGAUCCUGGCAAAGCUACGUUUCAUGGCUAAAGAGGACACCCCUGAGUUCCUCGGCCAGGCCUUUGCUGUCCUGCAGGUGAAGCUGGUUGAUGAGCCAUACACCAAACCUGCCCUGCAGUUCUUCGAUUUCUACAAAGGCACCAAAGCAGUGGGAGAGCUCAUUGCCACUUUUGAGCUGAUUGAGCUGGAUUAUAGUGGCUGUUUGGAGCCAUUGGUGCCUGAGGACGUGGAGCCCAAAGAGCCUGACUACCUGGGAGACCCCCAUGCUGGACGGUUCAUCAUCCCUGAGGGCAUCCGCCCAGUGCUGAAGGAGUUUCGCAUAGAGAUCCUGUUCUGGGGCCUGCGGAACCUGAAACGGGUGAACUUGUUUGAGGUGGAUCAGCCCCAGGUGAUCAUUAAGUGUGCUGGCAAGAAGGUGGAGUCAGAGGUGAUCAUGGCCUACAAAGAGAACCCCAACUUCACUGAGCUGGUCAAAUACAUGGAUGUGGAGCUCCCAGAGCAGGUCUACCUUCACCCUCCCCUCAGCAUCUUCGUGGUGGAAAAGCGGGCGUUUGGGCGCAUGGUGCUGGUGGGUACCCAUGUUGUGUCUGAUGUGAUGAAAUUCUCUCCCAGAGAGCUGGAGGAGGAACCAGAAGACACACACAAAGCUUGGAAAGUCUCAUCCCAGCGUCUUCCCUCUCAAACUGUGGUAAACAUUGGCAUGCCAGCUGGUGACCCAGGUCCCAGCACUCACCCCCUGAGUCUUGUGAAGGUUCCUUUGAAGAAAAUUCCUAUCAAUAAGCUUGUGAAGAAGGAGGAUGACUAUGAAGAGGAAAAACCAGACCUGGAAGAACUGGAUUGGUGGUCCAAGUACUACGAGUCCCUGAAGGAGUUGUAUAACCAGACACGCAGUGAUGAGGAAGAUGCUGAGAAUGAUGACAUGAAUGAUGAGUCAUACUGCAAGGAUCACGGGAUUGUCAGGGUGAGAGCAGGAAGCAAAGAUGAGGGGAAUUUAAAUGUAUCCUCCAUUGACAUGGAAGCAGAAGAUGAGGCAGUAAUUGAAGCUGAACCUGAUCGACCCAAAAGGAAACUCAUCGCCACCCUUCAGAUCUACAACUCUGAGCUGGAAAAUGAGUUUGAUAAUUUUGAAGACUGGCUGUGUAUUUUCCCCCUUCAUCGUGGCAAAGCAAAUGAGGAUGAAGAUGGAAAUGAGGAUGAACAUUUUCUGGGGAAGUACAAGGGUUCCUUUUAUGUCUACCCCACUGAGGAAGCUGGCAUGGAGCCCAAGGUGUCCCAGGGCAUUCCAAGGAACAGACCCAUCAAGGUUCUUGUAAGAGUUUACAUUGUUAAGGCUACGAACCUGUCUCCAGCAGACCCCAAUGGCAAGGCAGACCCCUAUGUGGUGGUCACUGUGGGACAGGCGCAGAAGAACACAAAGGAGCGAUACAUCCCAAAGCAGCUCAAUCCUGUGUUUGGAGAAGUUGUGGAGUUGACAGUCUCAUUUCCCGUGGAAUCAGAACUCACUGUGGCAAUACUUGACCAUGAUUUGGUUGGAUCUGAUGAUCUGAUUGGAGAGACCAAGAUUGACUUGGAGAAUCGAUUCUACAGCAAGCAUAGGGCCAACUGUGGAGUGGCCUCUCAGUACGACAUAGACAGCUACAACAUGUGGCGAGAUGCUUUCAAGCCCACACAGAUCUUGGAUAGUUUAUGCAAGAAAAACUCACUCCCUGCAGCAGAGUACAGACCGGAGGAGGUCAAAGUGGACAAUAAAAUAUUCAAGAUCCCUCCAGAGGCUUUUCCUGAAGAAGCAUCUGUGAGGAACAAGAGAGGAGUGGCAGAUGAGGACUGGUCAGUGGAUGAUGAACAUAAGGCUUUGUACGUCCUGCAGCACUGGGAAGAGAUGCCGGGAUAUGGGUACAAGCUGGUACCAGAGCAUGUGGAGAUCCGGUCCCUGUACAACCCGGAGAACCCUGGGCUUGCGCAGGGCUCCUUGCACAUGUGGAUUGACAUGUUUCCAAAUGACAUUCCUGCACCACCGCCUGUCAAUAUCAAGCCACGACUACCCAUCAGCUAUGAGCUGCGUGUUAUUAUCUGGAACACAGAUGACGUAAUCCUUGAUGAUGUCAACCCAGUAACGGGAGAGCCUUCCAGUGAUAUCUAUGUUAAAAGCUGGAUAAAGGGUCUUGACCAUGACAAGCAGGAGACGGAUGUUCACUUCAACUCCUUGACUGGGGAGGGCAAUUUCAACUGGAGGUUCAUCUUCCGCUUCAGCUAUCUCCCGACUGAGAAGGAGAUCACCUACAAGAAGAAGGACUCUGUCUUCUCCGUGGAGGAAUCAGAGUUCCGGGAACCGGCUGUUCUUGUCCUCCAGGUCUGGGAUUAUGACAGGAUUUCAGCUAAUGACUUUCUAGGCUCCAUCGAGCUGAAGCUGCAUGACAUGGUGCGGGCAGCCAAGAGCUCAGAGCAUUGCACUAUCAAGAUGGCCAAGGAGAAUGCAACACCUCGCUUCUCUGUCUUCUGAAACAAGCGGAUGAGGGGCUGGUGGCCCUUCAUCAAACUCAAAGAACAUGAAGACAAGGAGAGAGAGGAGAGGGAGGACAAGCAGAAGAAGAAGAAAAAGAAGUGGAGCAGCUCGGUCAAACCAGAGGAUGUGGAGUUCACAGACCCCAGUGGGAACAAGUACCUCCUGACGGGUAAGGUGGAAGCGGAGUUCCAGCUGCUGACUAUGGAGGAGGCUGAGAAAAGUCCUGUUGGUUUGGGCCGAAAAGAGCCUGAACCUCUGGAAAAGCCCAACCGGCCAAAAACUUCUUUCAACUGGUUUGUGAAUCCCAUGAAGACCUUUGUGUUCUUUAUCUGGAAGCGGUACAAGAAAUACAUCAUUGUGCUGUUCAUUGUCGCUGUUCUGACCAUCUUCCUGGUUCUUUUGAUCUACACUAUGCCUGGAUACAUCAGCGAGAAGAUCAUCAGUGGAUAA